AGUUGUUUAAAAUGUAAAUAUUGAUAUUUUUGGUUAUUAAAACAAAUUUACCUGGACUUUAAAAUAGUCAAACAUGUCUUCUCCAACACUUCUUGAGUUUGAUAGAGCUAGAAAAAAAUUUAAGAUUACUUUGGAGAAAUCACUUUCCAACAAUGAUGUUGAAAAUUUACUUGGCUAUGUGGAAGGCUACAAAGAUGAAAUUGGUUUGGAAAAAAGAACAGUUUUGGACCAAGUUUUUAGAGAUAUUCUUUGUCAGUUGAUCACAAAUAUUUCAGAAAGUAGCAAAUUAAAGACUGUCAUCACAUUUGCUAUUCUUGCUGUGAAACAAGAUAUGUGCUCUCCCUCAACUCCCUUCUUAAUGAUGGCAGACAUUUUUGACAUGCUUACAAUUAAACGUUGUGAAGAAAUAUUUGAUCUUGUUGAAGAUAAUGUUACGACAUGGAAGUCAGAACCUUUCUAUGAGUCUGGAAAAAAUUAUUUACUUAGAAUGUGCAAUGAUUUAAUUAGAAGACUGUCCAAAUCACAAAAUACAGUUUUUUGUGGUAGGAUACAGUUGUUUCUUUCAAGAUUGUUUCCACUUUCAGAAAAAUCAGCACUUAAUCUUGCCAGCCAGUUCAACAUGGAAAAUGUCACCAUAUAUACCAAGCAAAAGAAAUCUAAUUCGGGUGAAACAAAUGAAGUUAUGGAAGUUGAUGACACAGGGGAUCAGUCAAGUGCUGUUCCUAUUGAUUACCAUUUGUAUAAAAAGUUUUGGGCUUUACAAGAUUUCUUCAGACGGCCAACUCAGUGUUAUGACAAAAGUCAGUGGGAGACAUUUUCUUUGAAUGCCAGUGAUGUGAUGUCAAUUUUUUCCAGUUAUAAAUUGGAUGAUUUGUCUUCCACUCAAAAGAAAGUAAUCACCUCACAGCAGUCACAUCAACAUGCACAGAAUUUCUUUGCCAAGUAUUUAACUAGUGAAAAGCUUUUAAAUCUUCAGUUGAAUGACAGUAAUUUUCGACGUUAUGUGCUUGUGCAAUUUUUGAUAAUAUUCCAGUAUUUAAAGGCAACAGUAAAAUUUAAAGCUCAGACACAUACCUUAACUGAGGAACAGUCUGAGUGGAUCAAAGAUGCCCAAGAGAAAGUAACAAAAUUGCUUUCAGAAACACCACCUCAUGGAGAACAGUUUUGUAACUCUGUUAAGCAUAUUUUAGACAGAGAAGAGCAUUGGAAUAACUGGAAGAAUGACAGUUGUCCUAAUUUUAUCAAAGAGAAACCAAAAGACCAAUUGAAACCUAAAGCAAAGCCUAAAAGAAAAAGAAUUGGAGAUGAUUUGAUGGCCACAAAUGGAAAAUCUCUUAAAUUGGGAAAUCCUGAGCUGACUCGAUUAUGGAAUCUAAAUCCAGACAAUAUGGAGGCAGCUAAAGCUGAGUCCAGGGUGUUUCUACCUAAACUGGAUGAUUUCUUUGCUAAUGCCAUAGAACAGGCUGACCCAGAGGCAAUGGUAGAAGAACAGUACAAGGACAUCAACCAACAAAACUUUCAAUGGAAAGCAUACCGUCUACUGGCCAGGUCAUCACCUCAUUUCUUUGUACAUACUAACACACCAGGCUUACCUAUCAAUGUUCACUUGAAAGAUAUAGUGGAUAAAAUGGCCAAAGAAAUCAAUCCACAUCAUCAGACAGUUGAACCAAAGACUGAAAUAGCUGAACAAAAAACUGAAAUGGCAGUUGGUGAUGAAGAUGAUAUUAAAGAAGAUCAUGAGGAGGAUGAAAUGAGAAAUGAAAAUGAUGAUAGCAAUGUUCAACAACAAAUGAGCAGUAGUCAGAUUCGUUUAAUAGCCGAAAAUGUGGGCAGUAAAUGGAUUGCCUUGGGAGAGAAACUUGGGCUUCCUCCUGAUGACCUGACAUAUUUCAAAGAUUCAUUUGAUGGUGCUACUGAGUCUGCUAUCAACAUGCUAACUGUUUGGCAGGAAGAAGAUACUGAGAGAGAUUCUAUUGGCACAAUAAAAGAAACUCUGAUAGAAUUAGGACUUGGUAAACUAGUGGAACUACUGAGCUCAUCAUCUUGAUGUUUAACCAUAAUGCUUUGAAAUAACAUAGACUGGCUUUCUUGUUAUUGUGAAGCUGUAUAGACUGGCUGUUAUGCUGCAGUACAGAUAAGCCAUAUUAACAACAUGUAACAACAUUGACUGGUCAUGGAUCAUGAAUCUAUAAACCGGCUACUUUGUGUUGAAUCAAAGUGCCUUUAUAAUUUGUGUCAACUAGUGUCAACAAAUGCAGUUUGUUUCAUGGCUCAAUGUCUAAUAGAAUCAUGUUUUACUACUUGAUAUUGUUGAGUUGUUCAGAAACAAAAUAUGACAUUUUUAAUGUACCUGGAAUUUUGUUACUUAGUAUUCAUUUCAUUUUUUUUAAACUAAACCCAGAGGGAAAUAAAAGAUAUUUUAAAGGUGUUAAA